UAUAAUGGGACCAAGAGUCAAUCGUUUUGUCGCUAAGUUGAAUUUUCAAUAACUACUCAUUAUUAAAUACUAUAUUUGUAACUAAACAGACACGUUAAAAUGUUUUAUAAAAUUGUUGUUUUAUUAACAUGUACGUCAAUGGUCAGCUGUGUUAAAAAAAUUGACUUGGAUGAGCAUGAUCAAGCUAUAUCAAAUGCUUUCAAUAAGACUAUUGAAUCUUUUAAUAGAAUUGAUCACAUUACGAUAAGACAAUUUUUACGAAUUAUCGGCAACGACCAAAUAAAUAGAGAUAUUUUGAAAACACAUUUCCGGAAAAAUCCACAUAUACAUAAAAAAAACAGGAACAUUAUAAAUGAAGGGUUAUUUUUCGAUCUAGUGUAUGCAGUUGGUCGUGAUCGUGGUGUUUCUACCAAAGAAUUGGCUUUAAAAAUUAUUAAACAAAUUGAAAAAACGGACGACUUUGCAGAAACUUUAAAAUGUGAAGAAACUUUAGAUGAAGAAGUUUUAGAUGAAGCUGAACCAUCUUCUACCUUUUAUAACUGCAAAAAAUCAACAUUGGAUCGUGUUGCAGACCACCAUCAAUUAGAUAGCUGUGGCCGUAUUUGUCUGGUUGGCCUCAAGUACUCAGAGGGAAUAAACGAAUAUAUAUUUUUCGAUUUAGUAUAUGUAGUCGCUCACUGUCGUGAAGUUUCUAUUGAUUCUUUGGCUUCAAUAAUGAAUCAAAAAAUGCAAACAGUGGAUUAAAGUGUAGUAUUUUAAAAUGUGUAGAAACAUAGAUGAAGCUGAAUCGUCUUCUAAUAUA